AUGACUGUUACUACACAACCACAACCGGCGUCUUCGGCCUCUUCAACAACCGCCAACGGGACCGAUCUCGAGUCUCAGCAGAACAAAUCCAAGUCCUCUCAUUUCAGUCUUAUCCUCGACCAAGCAGGUAUCACUGAUGCUGUCCUCAACUACAAAUAUGCAGGCGAAGGUACAACGGAAUCGCCAUAUCUCGUCGAGUUCCUCCCAAACGACCCUCGCAAUGCCUUGAACUUCUCUCAGUCUAAGAAGUGGUUGAUCACCAUCCUCCAGGCCAUAGCAACACUCGCAGUUGCAUUCGCUAGUACGGCAUACAGUGGGGGUCUGACUUCUAUCCUCAUGGAGUUCCAUGUAUCGACUGAGGUUGUUAUUCUUGGUAUCUCCAUGUUCGUUCUCGGCUUCGCUAUUGGACCGCUUUUCUGGGCACCUCUUUCAGAGCUCUAUGGUCGUCAAAUCCCAUUCUUCAUCUCUUACUUGGCAUUGACAGCGUUUAAUGCUGGUGCUGCUGGCGCUCCGACGAUGGCGGCCCUGAUAGUCCUCCGGUUCUUUGCUGGUGCCUUCGGAUCAUCGCCGUUGACUAAUGCAGGCGGUAUUAUCGCCGACAUGUUUGAGGCUCGCGAGCGUGGACUUGCUACGGCUUUCUUUGCUAUGGCUCCUUUCCUUGGUCCUACUAUUGGUCCCAUUGCCGGUGGUUUCUUGGGUGAGCAGGCAGGCUGGCGCUGGGUAGAGGGCAUGAUGGCCAUCUUCACUGGAAUCGUGUGGAUUGUCGUCUCAUUAGUUAUCCCCGAGACCUAUGCGCCGUAUCUCUUACGCCACAGAGCAGCAGUUCUCUCCAAGGAAACUGGGAAGGUUUAUAUCUCCAAGGUUGAUGUUGGCCGCCCUCAUCACACUGUCGCCAUGCAAUUCAAGAUCGCCCUACUUCGCCCAUGGGUCCUGCUCUUCAAGGAGCCCAUUGUCCUACUCACCUCUAUCUACAUGGCUAUUAUCUAUGGUACACUGUACCUCUGCUUUGCCGCUUUCCCGAUUGUUUUCCAGCAGGGUCGCGGAUGGAGCCCAGGAGUCGGAGGACUUGCCUUCGUUGGUAUAGCCGUGGGGAUGAUAUUUGCGGUUGUUGGCACUAUUAUGGACCAAAAGAGGUAUAUGCGUGCUGCCGAAGCCGCAGGCGGCCAUGCUCCUCCUGAGGCAAGACUACCCCCUACACUGGUUGGCUCGAUACUUAUCCCGGUCGGUUUGUUUUGGUUUGCUUGGACCAACGGGCCUGAUGUUCAUUGGAUUGUGUGCAUUAUUGGCUCGGCUGUAUUCUCUACUGGUCUGGUUUUAGUGUUCCUCUCCUUGUUGAACUACCUGGUUGACUCAUAUGUUAUCUUCGCUGCUUCUGUAUUGGCAGCAAAUUCGGUCCUCCGCUCCCUUUUCGGCGCCGCAUUCCCGCUCUUCACGACGUACAUGUACCACGAUCUCGGCAUCCACUGGGCCAGCUCCAUCCCGGCGUUCUUAGCCGUUGCUUGCGUGCCCUUCCCGUUCCUGUUCUACAAAUAUGGCGAGACCAUCCGCAUGAAGUGUGAGUUUGCCGCCGAAGCUGCCAACGUGCUGCAGCGCAUGCGCACCAAGCACGAGGUUAUCAGCGAGGACCAGGCCGCUGAAGAGGCGCACGAGGCCGAGCUGGAGCGCCGCGUGAGCAAUGCACUUCGGCGUAGCUUGACAAAGACACGCACGAACACGUCUACUAGCUGA